AUGUCGGGUCUCCAUGAAGUCCAGACUGGCUCUGGUCGGUUGGCUGGGAAAGUUGCCUUGGUCACAGGCGCCGCCUCUGGCUUCGGCCUCGCCAUAACCCGCAAAUUCGUGGCCGAGGGCGCCAAAGUCGUUGCAGCAGACAUGAAUGGUGACGCACUAGCGAAAGUCUACGAUGUCAACUCCGCCUCAGCGGCACAUAUCGCUGCCGUCACUGCCAACGUGACCUUAGCGGACGACUGGGCCAAGAUGGUUGAGACAGCCGUCUCGAAAUUCGGCGGUCUCGACUGCCUCGUCAACAACGCAGGCACAAGUUAUAAGAAUAAGCCAACACUGGACGUCACAGAGGAGGAAUUCGAUAAAGUCUUCGCCGUCAACGUCAAGAGUAUUUACCUCAGCAUUCCUGCUGCUGUACCGGCGCUGAAACAGCGCGGGGGCGGAAGUAUCAUCAACAUCGCCAGUAUCGGCGCGAUGAGGCCCCGGCCAGGUCUAGUGUGGUACAAUGCCACGAAAGGCGCCGUUGCGAAUGCAAGCAAAGGACUCGCCGCUGAAUUCGGCAAAGACCAGAUCCGGGUGAACGCGCUGUGCCCACUACUAAGUGGAACAGGGUUGUUCGAACAGUUUGUCGGCGUGCCAUACACCGAGGAGAAUAUGCAGAAGUUCUUGUUCAACGUCCCGCUGGGUCGGCUGACGGACCCAGAUGAUAUUGCCAAUGUCACGGCUUUUCUCGCGAGCGAUGAGGGACGCUUCGUCACGGGUGUUAAUCUGGAGGUCGAUGGUGGGAGAGCGGUUGGUGCGUAG